UGUGUCCUGUGGCAUAAUGGCCGACAGAAAGACGUGAAGUACUACACCUUAGAGGAGAUCCAGAAGCACAACACCAGCAAGAGCACCUGGAUCAUCCUCCAUCAUAACGUGUUUGAUGUCACCAAGUUCCUGGAGGAGCAUCCUGGCGGUGAAGAGGUUCUCCGAGAACAGGCCGGAGGGGAUGCCACAGAGACAUUCGAAGACAUUGAACACUCUACAGAUGCCAGAAACAUGUCUAAAGAAUUUGUAAUAGGAGAACUUCAUCCAGACGACAGAUGUAAAAUCAAGAAACCAGGGGACACUUUUAUUACCACUUCAGAUUCUGAUUCCAGUUUGUGGAGUAAUUGGAUCAUCACAGCAAUAUCGGCUAUUAUUGUUGCCUUGAUGUAUCGUUUCUACAUGUCAGAAGAGUAAAUGCCGCCCAAGGAAUUUCCUGAACAGUUUCUGGUCAAGA